AUGGAUUAACAUAAUCAUUUUAAAAUAUCAAGAUAAAUUAAAAGAAAUAAGGAUAUAAAUAUCAAAGAUUCCAUUUUUCAAUAUGCAGAAUAAUUAGCUUAAUCUUAUCCUACUACAUAUUAUUCUGUGAAAUAAAUAAACUAGCCUUUUCAAUCUGUUCGAAAAGAAGAUUUAAAAUAAUUAAAAGAAUAAUAUGUUUUCAGACUAUACAGAGAUAUUUCUAAUAGAAGAUAUAGUAUGAAAAAUACAGGUUAAUCAUAAAAAAAUACUAAAAUUAUUAUGGAUUAUGAUUUUCCACUAAAAUGA